AACCAAUGGAAAACUAUGGUUUGAAAGCGAUGUCGAUUGGUUUUCUUGUUGAAGAAGACACGCCGAUGAUCUGGCGUGGCCCAAUGGUAACGCAAGCGCUGGAGCAAUUAUUAAAUGAUACUAACUGGGGUGAGUUAGACUAUUUGAUAGUGGAUUUACCCCCAGGAACAGGUGAUACCCAGCUAACAUUAUCGCAAAAAAUUCCUGUAAGCGGUGCUGUUAUCGUCACUACACCUCAAGAUAUCGCCUUACUUGAUGCUCGUAAAGGCCUGAAGAUGUUCGAGAAAGUGGAAGUGCCUGUGUUAGGUGUGGUGGAAAAUAUGAGUAUUCAUAUUUGUAGUGAAUGCGGUCAUGCAGAGCAUAUCUUCGGUGAAGGUGGUGGUAAGCGCAUGGCGGAUGAGCACGAUGUUGAUUAUUUAGGUGCGCUGCCGUUGGAUAUGAGUAUUCGUGAACAAGCUGAUAGCGGUAAGCCAUCGGUUGUAUUUGAGCCGAAUGGAAAAAUCGCCGAUAUCUACAGAGAUAUUUCUCGUGCAAUGACAUCUCGUUUAGCUUCAAAAUCAAAAGAUUACA